AAACAUUCUCGGGUCUCAUCCAUGUUUGACAACAACAAAGGAUGAUGAAUAGGUUAAGUUUCUAAAUUGCUUCGUGCUUCGUAGCCGCGGAGUUUUCAGGGUUUGUUACGUUGCUCGAGUACCUGAAACUUUACAGGUGCAGUUUAAUUGAGAAUGAAUGGUAAGUCGCUGAGCUCUGGAAGUGACGGUCGCCCGGCGGAGCACAAGCUACAGUUAGCUCACAAACGUCCCUGCUAAUUUCGGCUAGCUGGAGAAACUUUAAAAUCUGCGAACCGUGAAGGCAGAAGAUCUGCUUUUCAAAUAUUAAAAUGAUUCGCAUAGCAGCACUAAAUGCUGCUUCGACAGCUGCAGACGAGUCUCAAGACCCCCUGAGAAACAGCAAGAGUCAGACAAAAGAGGCUCAAGAAGCAGAGGCAUUCGCUUUAUAUCACAAAGCUUUGGAUCUGCAGAAACAUGAUAAAUUUGAGGAGUCCGCCAAGGCCUACCAUGAGCUUCUCAAAACUCCACUGCUCAAAGAGGCCAUGCCCUCUGAUGAUCAGAGAGUGGGCCUCAAGCACCCCGGACUGAUGCUGAAAUAUUCAACUUUUAAAAAUCUGGCUAGUAUGGCUGCAUUACGGGAUGACCUGGAGACCGCUAUGGAGUUUUACUUAGAGGCCGUUAUGUUGGAUUCCACUGAUGUGAACAUGUGGUACAAAAUUGGUCAGGUGGCUGUGCGACUGGUGCGCAUUCCUCUGGCUCGUCAUGCAUUCGAGGAAGGAUUGCACUGUAACCCUGACCACUGGCCCUGCCUGGACAACCUCAUAACUAUACUCUACACACUCAGUGACUACAGCUGCUGUUUGUACUUCAUUUCCAAAGCCCUAGAGAAGGACCAUUGUUACACCAAAGGUCUGGUGUUGAAGGAAAAAAUAUUUGAGGAACAGCCUUGUCUGAAGAGGGAUACGAUGCAGAUGUUCAUGAAAUGUGAUAUUUCUAUUCACUAUGUGGAAGUGGAAGAAGAGGAACGCAAAUCCAUUAUGGAAGAGGCGCUGGAGAUAAGGAGGCGCAGGCAGGCUCUCUCUCUUUCUGAGCCAAAACCUGACCUUGUCCUCAUUCAGCCCAUCCACAGCUUCUCAUGGAAACAUCUGGGUGAAAGUCUCCUUGCAAUGUACAGACAUCAGACCACGUGUGAGCCACCACGCCCAAGUCUUGGCCGCAGAAUUGACUUGUCAGAGUACCGUGACCCAAACGUCCUCCAGAACAUCCCCCAGCCAAGCAGCCCUGUCAGUAUGGGCCAGACCACAGUGCUAAGCAGCAGCCCCAGUUCAUCCCUGCCUCCAGUGGUCUUCACUGAGCCAGCAGUGAUGGCUCAAUCUGGUACUCAACCUCAAAUUGCCACCAGUCAGUCCACUGUAGAGGUCAACACCUUUGUUCCACCUGUUGCUACAGCAAUGGAAGUGUCGCUCACAGAUAAGGUGAAGAAAGCGCCGAAACGGAAACGCGUGGUAGAAGAUAGCGGGGAAACAGCAAAGCGGCGCUCUGCACGUGUUCGAAACACUAAAUGCAAGAAGGAGGAGAAGAUUGAUUUUCAGGAACUGCUUUUUAAAUACCUACCUUCUAGGCUAAAGAAAUUUGAUCCUGAUAAUGACGAUGAGAGCCUUAGUAAUCUCGAGACACAGUGUGAUGGCAAGGAUGACAUACAGCCUCUGCAUGGGAGUUGCUUGCCUGUGGACUCAGUUGAAUACAUGAAGUCUGAACAACAAGAUGUCCACAACUUUCUUCUUGAUAAUAUGGCCAAUGGUGGUAUACUGGACCUGAUGAUGCGCUAUCUGAAAGCAGUGGGUCAGAAGUUCAUGGAGGAGUGGCCUCGGGGCUUGACUGCUGUGGUCCUGGAGGUCUAUCAGACCUGGAGGAAGCACAGCAACGGUCUUCCUAAUCCUCUCCUUCGGGACUGCAGCAACCAGCACAUCCGGGGGAUGUUGACGAUGAGCUUGGCUUGUAUGGAACUGCAGUUGGAGCAAUGGUUACACAGCAAAGGGAAGGCUGUUACUCCUAGAAGAAGCAGCAGUGGCUCCGGAAACAAUACCACUGACUCAGAAUUUCCUGGGCAGCACUUCCAGGGUGAUUUAUUACUUCUUGCUCUCGGUGCAUCCCAAAGAGAUCUGUUUGAGGAUGACUGGCUGGAUGUCAUGGUGCGAGUAUACUGGCUAAAGGCACGAUUCCUGGCCCUGCAGGGGGACAUGGAAUUGGCUCUGGAGAGCUAUGAUGUCUGUGUAGGCCUUUUGCAGAGCAAAUCAAAGAGCCCAGAUGGGAAACAGUACACAAUCAACCUGCCUAACCUUCGUGUAGAUGCAGCAAUCUCUGUAGAGGAGAUUGACAAAAGGCUAAAGAGUCUGGAGCGCUGUCAAUCUUUGGAAGAGAUCCAGCGCCUCUUUGAGUCAUCAGACUUCGACUCGGUGGUGCGUCUGCUGCAGCCCACCCUUAAUUAUGGGAGCAGGAGCAAAUCUCUGGAGUUUGUCAGCUCAACACCUGAGCGUCCCACCCAGUUGACGUUACUGCAGAACUCACUAUUGAAGCUGCAGGACUACCAGCAGUGUUUGGAGUGCAGCGAGCUGGCCUUGAAUGAAGCCCUCCAGCAGCUCAACUCUGCUCCAAGCAGCUCUCCACCUAGCAAGGAGGAGUGGGUUAGCACCAUUGUGAAGCUGCUAGACGGCAUCGAGGUCUGCUUCAAUAAAGAGGCGGAGCUUCUGAGCAAUGUCCCCCACUUCUCUAGUAUGGCUCGACUGGCAAACAACCUAAUCCAGCUGAUUGAUCUUAGCAUGACCAUUUCUGAUGAUCCCAAGGAGCCCUUUUUCUUCUCAGUCCUGCCUUGGAUUAUCCUGUAUCGCAUUAUCAAGCACGAAGAGGCUGCCUUUGACUGUAUGCUUCGACAGCAUAUGUCUGUAGGGGAUGAUGAAGAUGACUCAGACACCCCCAUGCUGCCCUCCUCCCUGAUGCUUCUGAACACAGCCCACGAGUAUCUUGGCCGCCGGUCCUUGUGCUGCAGCUCAGACGGCGCCCUUCUCAAAUUUUUUGUGCGAGUUUUGGAAAAAGAGUUUGCAGCCUCUACUAGCAGUGACUCUCACCCCUACAAGGAGGAGUUGGAAAUGGCCCUGGAACAGUGCUUUUUCUGUUUAUAUGCCUACCCCAGUAAGAAGAGCAAGGCCCGCUACCUUGAAGAUCAUUCAUCUCCACAGGUUGAGCUUCUGUGGAGCGAUGCCCUCUUCAUGUUUCGGUAUUUCAAACCAAAGUCGCUGCCUGAGUUUGACAGCUAUAAGACGAGCACAGUGUCUGCAGAAUUGGCCAAUUUGCUGAGGAGGUUUGCAAGCAUCGCCCCCCCAAGUGACACUCCCGUCCUCACAAUGGAUGAAGUGGCAGCCUACAUUGAGGACAUGACAGAAAAGGCUCCGUGCCUUCCAGAGGGCAGUGCUCCUGCACCUCCGAUCAUCAAUGAGAUCUACUACCUUGUGGCGGACUAUCAUUUUAAGAACAAGGAGCAAUCCAAAGCCAUCAAGUUCUAUAUGCAUGACAUAUGCGUUUGUCCUAACAGGUUUGACUCUUGGGCAGGUAUGGCUUUAGCGAGGGCCAGCCGUAUCCAAGACAAGCUCAACUCCAACGAGCUGAAAAGCGAUGUUCCCAUAUGGAAGCACUCCCAGGCAGUGCUUAACUGCUUUAAGAGGGCCCUGGAGAUCGACAGCUCCAAUCUGUCAUUGUGGAUAGAGUACGGUACCAUGUCAUAUGCGCUGCAUUCGUUUGCUUCGCGGCAGCUCAAACAGUGGCGCAGUGAGCUUCCCCCCGAGGUGGUUAAACAGAUGGAAGAAAGGAGAGACUCCAUGUUGGAGACGGCCUUUCAGUGUUUUCAGGGCGCCUCCCGUUGUGAGGGUGACAGUGACGAAGAAGAGUGGCUGAUUCACUACAUGCUGGGGAAGAUAGCAGAGAAACGUAGACAGCCUCCGGCGGGAUAUCUGCAGCUUUAUAAAAAGGCAGCAAACUACCUGCACGAAGAAGCUGCCAGGUAUCCCCGUAAAAUCCAUUACCAUAAUCCUCCUGACCUGGCCAUGGAAGCCCUGGAGCUGCAUUUCCGUUUGAGUGCCACCAUCCUGAAACUACUGGAGGCUGAUGAGCCAGAUCUGGAACACGAGCUCUUGUUUAACUUACUGGUUGAAGCAGCUACAGGACCAUUUGCGAGGGGAGAAGAGAAAAGUAUGCCAAGCAUGCCAAGGGCCCAUGAGAAGGAGAAACCGCCCUCUAUGAUGGAUGAAGACUUUAACUGUCCCUCAGUCUGUAUAGGGAAUGUCCUUAGCUCAUCCAUUCCAUCAGUUGCCACCCCAGGUCUGACAUCACCUCCUUAUGUGGCCACGCCGUUUGACCACGAUUACGCCAAACGCAAAACACUCCGAAGGCAACAGUGGCAGCAGCAGCGGCAUGAGGAGCGGCAGGCUGAUGCCUCACCAGAGUUUGACCAUGAUUACUGCCUGCCCAGGUCUUCAAUAUGGCUGGCUUCCCUGAAUGAACGCAGUCAGGACAGUGAGGUUGUCUUGCUUUCUGACUCCAACUCCACUCAGGAUGCCUUCACAGACCCUGCUAGCUCACAAGACAGCAGCCACAAAAUCGCCUCUGGGAAAGCGAGCUCAUCUUCAUCAGAGAGUACAACCCCGGUAAAGGAUGGCCAGGCAGCAUCUGAGGACACAGCCUCACGUGGUGAGCACACUGGCAUCCAGACAGAAGAGAAAGUUAUCCAGGAAGAAGUCGAAGGAGUGGUGGUGGUGGUGUCUGAGGGUUCAGCUCCCAAAGUCUCUUCGGACCCCUGUUCUAACCUGAUGCCUGUGCCAGUCACCCCUCCAAAGCCAGCAUCUUCUCAGCAGGCCACUCCCCAGACCCCGGCCAGUGAGGGUAAGAAGAAGCCCGAGCCCCCCGCUGAGGUGAUAGAAGUGCCCAAAGCCCUGCCUCCAGAUCGUCCUGAUCAGAAACGAAUGCUGGUGGAGAUGUGUGUCCGGGCUCUGUUUCUCUGUCUGGGGCGCUUCCCUCAGCACUACAAGAGUCUCUACCGCCUGGCCUUCUUCUAUGCAAACAGCAAGACCCAUCAGAACCUACAGUGGGCCAGAGAUGUGUUGCUAGGAAGCAGUGUCCCAUGGCAACAGCUGAAGCACAUGCCAGCACAAGGACUUUUCUGUGAAAGAAACAAGACAAACCUGUUCAAUGGCAUCUGGCGUAUUCCAGUAGAUGAGAUUGAUCGCCCGGGUAGUUUUGCAUCUCAUAUGAACCGAUCCAUUGUCCUCUUGCUGGAGGUGCUGUCUCAGCUUAAGGAUCACGAUACUCUGCUGAAAGUCUCUUUCAUGCUGCAGAGAACCCCUGACCAGGGAAAGAAGUAUUUACGGGAUGUUGAUCGCCAGGUUUUGGCCAAGAGAGCAUUUUUCCUAACUGUAAAAGUCCUGGAAGACAAUCUGAACAGUCUCACUGGGGUGUCUGAGCAGCUUCAGAAAGCGCCUGCGCCCUCCAUGGGGGAGAUGACCACAACAGACACAUCCAACAAGCCCAGUUCAGAUGACAGCAAACACGCCGUGCCUAAGAAGCCUGGACUCACAGAGGGUGCCUGUGCUACUGAUCCAGGUCCAAGAGAAGCCUCCCAGGCGCAACUCACCCCAGCGCCAGUACCGUCAAUAGAUAAAGGGAGUAAGAUUCAGGAGGGCUACCCUGGGAAGGCAGAGACUCCUGGGAAUGAGGGGCAUAAAGCAGGGCCUGCAGAACCCAUGGACCUGGACAUCUGCCACUGGAGAAAACCCUCUAAUGCCACAGAUUCUCAGGGCACCCAAACACAGGCUGAGACCUCAGUGAGUGGCACUGAGCCUCAGCAGAAAGUGACUGACAUCAGCCGGACACCAGAGCUCUCUCUGGAGGAGCUAAGUAUCAGUUCCAGACAGCAGCAGCUUCAAGCCUCAGCACCCAAAAUCACCCUGGCAGCGAGCGGGACUGAUCAGGGGUUACUACGAAAGCCGAACAGGAAGAGGAAACUUCUAGAGGAUGUAGAGUCUGGAAAAACCCUCCUGCUUGAUGCCUACAGAGUGUGGCAACAAGGCCAGAAAGUCAUGACCUACGACCUGGGGCGCAUUGAAAAGAUAAUGUCAGAGACUUAUAUGCUCAUAAAACAGGUUGAUGAGGAUGUAGCUCUGGACCAGGCUGUGAAGUUCUGUCAGAUACAGUUGGCCACUUCUGCCCAAAGACAGCAGGCUUCGAGCGAUGCCCCGACCACACCUAAGUACACAAAGGAGCAACGAGACCUCUUCUUCCCCGCCUCCCUACCGACGCCCGUCCUGGUCAGCCACUCCACCUGCCACCCGCUGUCCACCCAGGACAGCCAAACCAAGGUGGUGUACGAGCCCCUGAGCAAGCUGCCCAGACCUCAGACCUCAGGCUUCCACGAUCAGCCACAGCACAGGAGAGGAGCCAGCCACUCUGCUGCAGCCAUGGCCUUCCUGCCACAGACAGAGGAGCGGGAGGAGCCUGCAGAGGGACUUUUGUACCGACAGCAGGAGUCGCACCUUUGCCAGCAGAUGAAACUCGCCACUGUGUCCCAGCAGGGGCAGGAAUCAGCAGCAGGCUGGUUUCAGGAGGAAACUGCCACAUGUAGCACAACACAACCUUGCCCAGACCAGCAGCAGUAUGCCAGCAAUGACCAGUCGAAGCUUCCAGACCCCAGCCGAAUCCGCUCCAGAGUCCCGCCCAACAUGCCAAAGCUUUUCAUCCCUUCCACCGUUACCAAGUUCCCGCCAGAAAUCACAGUAACGCCUCCGACCCCCACGCUUCUCUCCCCCAAAGGCAGCAUCUCAGAGGAAACCAAACAGAGACUUAAGAACGUCAUCCUGUCGUCCCAGUCCGCAGCCACAGUCAAAAAGGACACUCUGACCCAGCCGGCACUGGAGGUGCAGGAGACAUCCAGCCAGGAGUCGUCUCUAGAGAGCGAGUCGGACGAGGAGGACGACUACAUGGACAUCUGAGCCUCGGAAGGCCUCUGAACUCAUGACACAUCCAGGCCUGACUUUGCCAAACUCCACUUCCCCCAAUUCUUAAAAGCAACAACAAAAACACCAGGAUGUUCAUACCUCUGCAGCUGUCUGUGUUGAUGCUCUUGUCCCCUCACGUGCAUUGCAAAAAAAACAAAAUCCCUGCACUCCCACUGCAGUAUUCUCAUCGGCCGUCAUGUCGCAGUGUUGCUCUGGUGAUGAUGUAUAUGACAGACAAUGAUGGCUUUCGUCUCACAGCAUGUCUGUAAUGUGCCAUUUAUGCAUAUCACUCUUUAGCUUUUUGAGCUCUCCUGUGCCCAACUUGGGGGGAAAAGAAAAAAAAAUCAGCCUUUAAAGCGAGCCAGUCCCGUGUUUAUGCAUCUUCUCGUAUGUUGUGUGCUAACUGUAUCGCCAAGCUGCAGCUUUCCAGUCGUCUCAAGAGCCCACCGAGCUGAGGCGCCUCGGUCUGGAUGGGCGCUCAGCAGCAUGCACCUGCUGUCCUCCACUCUGAUAGUUUACUUGGGCAUGAGACGUUCAUCUCCAGGACACAAUGCAUCGCUACACGAAAUAUUUCAAAGGACACAAGAACAAUCGGCUGCGUUUGAUGUUCGCCCGUGGAGCCAACGAGCCACGCGGCCUCAUGACAUGUAGCAGGUUGAAAAUGUUUACACUUAACAUUCGGGAUGUUUUUCAGUUUGCACUUAACUUUGCGCUAUUUUUGUACUCACUGUAUUCCUUGUACUAUUUUUUUCUUUCUUUUCUUUCUUUCAUUUGCAUUUGUAGCUAAGAGGAACAGUUCUUACCAGGAUGGACCUCCCUGUCACCAGCACUGAUCUGUAAUCAUAUGGGAAGGGGUUAUUGGAAAUUAGCUUUUUUUUUUCUUUUUUUUUUUGUACGCAUCACAAUCCAAGUAUCUUUCCGACAUGUUUUGGCUUUAAGCGGUUGACUCUUAAGCUCGAGAAGCGCUUUUCGUGAUCUUUCCCGAUCUUUGACGCGUCCCGAGGAGGACUCUCUAAUCCCGAUGCCUUUCCAUUGAAACCAUUUUGGUAAAUUUGUCACAAUCUAGCUUAACUCAGAGGAAGACAACAGAAUGUUUUUUAAAGAUUGUUUUGUUUUCUAUACAAGAUGUUAAAGAAAGCUAUUUACUGAUUAUGUUUCUUGAAAGUUGUCUAAAAUGUAAUUUUUAAAAGAAAGCCUACAAGCGAAUAAUUGUAAACUAUCACCCUUGAGAAAAAAAGAAAAGUUUUGUAUUUUAUUUCACGAUUAUUUUUUGGUGUAAGAUAGUUUUUCUAUUGUUCUGCCGAGCUUCUGGGAAUGUAUCACGGCUAAAGAGGGCGAGCAGGUCGAAGGCUUGAGCUCGAGCUUCGCCCGGCUCCCCUCUGGUGCAGGCUGCUGAAGUGGAACUGUUCUCUGUGUCUGGACUGAAUGCAUUAUAGAUGUCAAACCAAAAAUAUAUUUGAGAAACACAUGA